UCAACUCAAGGAGAGACGGCUGUUGCUUUCGAAAAAAUGAAAGUGCAAUAUGCCGAUGAUAUUGCUGAACUCAAGGAUUCUCAUGCUAAGGAAUUGGAACUCAUGAAAUCCGAACACGAUAAAGAGAUUGAGAAAGCAAGGAAUGAAAUUCAGGAAACACUCAUGAUCCAGCAUAAUGAAGAAAUCGAAAAACUUGAACAAACACAUAGUACGGAAUUAAAUUCUAUCAGAUUUAAUCUUGAAACCAAAAAUGACGCAGCCGUCCAAGAGCUAUCAGCCCUUAGAUCUCAGCAUUCUCAAGAUAUUGAGGAUCUUAAAUUAAAGCAUUCUAGAGAAAUUGAAGAACUUAAAUCCCAUCAUGCCCAAGAAAUUGAAACUUUAAAGACAUCAGCUGAUGAAGGUCUUGUACAAAAGUAUGAGACCCAAUUAUCAAACUUGCAGAGUUUAACAAAAAAGAGGGAUACCGAAUUUGAAGAUCUUAAAGCGAAUCAUGAUUCUAUGCUAGAGAAAUUGAAAACCGAUUAUGAAGCUCAGUUCGAAACAUUAAGGGUUAAAAUUGAAGGAACAAACAAUUCCCCUGACACAGGAAUUGAGGAAUUAAAAGCUAUUCAUGCUAAAGAACUUGAUGAUCUGAAAUCUACCCAUGCAAAGGAAAUUGAAGAAUUGAAAACUCAAUACGAAGGAAAAUUGAAAAAAUUAGAAUAUGAAAUUAGGGAGUCUCAUAGCAAAGAGUUGCAAGAAACACUCACGAAUCUUGAUAAAGAAAUGCAAGAAACAAUCACGAAUCUUGAAGAAGAAAUGAAAAAAAAGGAGGAAAGUUUAACGUUGGAAAAUGAAACUCUUAAAAAAGAAAAUAAGGAAUUGUCAGAGAAGUUUGAAGUUUCAAAACAAAAUGUUGACUCUCAUGCUUCAACAUUAGAAGAGUUGAAAAAAGAGCAUCAAAAGGAAAUAGAAUUACGUACCGCAUUACAAACUCUUCUAGAUGAGAAAAAUAAAGAGAGCGAAGAAUCCCUCGAAUCAUUACGCUGCGAGUACAACCAAAAGAUUGAUGAACUCGAAUUAGCACAUGCUCGUGAACUGAAAGAAAAGAUGGAUGAACUCGAAUUGGCGCAUGCUCGUAAAAUUGAGGAAAAAGAUGUAGAAAUAAAGAACAAGGCCAUGGAAAAUAAAUGGCUUGAAGACGAAAAUGAUCAGCAUGAUGCAAAGUCUAAAACGUUGAAUAAAGAGUUGGAAAUUCUUCGUAAAGAAAAUGAACAAUUGAAAGGUGAAAAUGAUCAGAUGCUCGAGUUGAUUCAUAAAUAUCAAGAAGAGCUAGCUCCUAAAUUUUAA